CUCACACGUCCUUCCUGUUUCUCUUUUGCAGAUGGCAGAAUUUCCAUAGUACCUCUGAGUCCCACAUCUUGGUGUGGGACUUCAGUCUCAGCUCCACUGGCUAGAAAAAUAAAUGGGAUUUGCACAAAUUACAGCCGAACUGAAAUCCUGACUGCAGUGUUAAUAUCCUUUUCUUCUAGUUGUUACUAACAGGAAAGUCAAUGUCGUCAGAAGAUCUAGAAGCCCAGGAGGAUGAACUUUUGGCCCUGGCGAGUAUUUAUGAUGCAGAUGAGUUCAGAAAAGCAGAGUCCGUCCAAGGUGGAGAAACAAGGAUCUAUCUGGAUCUGCCGCAGAAUUUCAAGAUAUUUGUGAGCGGCAAUUCAAAUGAGUGUCUCCAGAAUAGUGGCUUUGAAUACACCAUUUGCUUUCUGCCACCACUUGUGCUGAACUUUGAACUGCCACCAGAUUAUCCAUCCUCCUCCCCACCUUCAUUCACACUUAGUGGCAAAUGGCUGUCACCAACUCAGCUCUCUGCUCUCUGCAAGCACCUAGACAACCUGUGGGAAGAACACCGAGGCAGUGUGGUGCUGUUUGCCUGGAUGCAGUUUCUUAAGGAGGAAACCCUCACCUACCUGAAUAUUGUCUCUCCUUUUGAGCUCAAGAUGGGGUCUCAGAAAAAAGUUCAGAGAAGGACAACAGCUCAGGCCUCUUCCAGCACAGAACUAGGUUUUGGAGGAGCUGCUGGAUCUGAUGUAGACCAAGAAGAAAUUGUGGACGAGAGAGCGGUGCAGGAUGUAGAAUCAUUGUCAAGUCUGAUCCAAGAAAUCUUGGACUUCAAUCAAGCUCAGCAGAUGAAAAGCUUCAACAGUAAAUUGUUCCUGUGCAAUAUAUGUUUCUGUGAGAAGCUGGGUAGUGAGUGCAUGUACUUCUUGGAGUGUAGACAUGUGUACUGCAAAGCCUGUCUGAAGGACUACUUUGAAAUCCAGAUCAAAGAUGGCCAAGUGAAAUGCCUCAACUGUCCAGAACCAAAGUGCUCUUCAGUGGCUACUCCUGGUCAGGUCAAAGAGCUGGUGGAAGCAGACUUAUUUGCUCGCUAUGACCGCCUCCUUCUCCAGUCUACCUUGGAUCUAAUGGCUGAUGUGGUGUACUGUCCCCGCCCAUGCUGCCAGCUCCCUGUGAUGCAGGAGCCUGGUGGUACUAUGGCUAUCUGCUCCAGCUGCAAUUUUGCCUUCUGUACCCUGUGCAGACUGACCUAUCACGGGGUCUCUCCAUGUAAGGUAACUGCAGAAAAAUUAAUAGACCUAAGAAAUGAAUACUUACAAGCAGAUGAAGCUACUAAAAGGUUCUUGGAACAGAGAUAUGGCAAGAGGGUGAUUCAGAAGGCCUUGGAGGAGAUGGAAAGUAAAGACUGGCUGGAAAAGAACUCCAAGAGCUGCCCCUGCUGCGGAACUCCCAUACAGAAGUUAGACGGCUGUAACAAGAUGACCUGUACCGGCUGUAUGCAGUACUUCUGCUGGAUCUGCAUGGGUUCUCUGUCCAGAGCAAACCCUUACAAACACUUCACUGACCCCGAUUCUCCAUGCUUUAACAGACUCUUCCAUGCUGUGGAUGUUAAUGGAGAUGUUUGGGAAGAUGAAAUUGAAGACUAGUUCAUUCCUUCUGCUUGCCAUAUAGAAAUGGAGUGGUUUGCCCUAAUCUUCCGUCAAGUACACAAAGAAACCUUGCAAGAUGUUUAGGGUACCAUAUAUUCACACUUCCUAUGUAGAAGGAAGAACAGGGUUUAUAUUUUUCUUUGGUACUACUGAUUAAGGCACAUAGAUUUUUUUUCCAUGUAACAUAAUUCUGACAAAAUUAUAUGCCAAAGGUUCAGAAAUGAAAACUAUAGGAGAUUAAAUAUUAUAAUAUGCCCAAACUGUGGAUAUAUAAAGUAAAUAUUUAUUUUCUUCCCCAAGCUUUAGGUUAGGGAAAGGGUCAAGAGUUGAACUUUCAGACUAUGUCCAAGAAGCCUGACACUGUUGGAGCCCUCUCAGUACUAUCCCUUGCAGUUGGGGACGGUCACAGCCCCAUUGACACUGUACCGAGAGCCUGGUCCAUUUGCUGUAUACUGCAAUCUCUUUCUUCAGUUCCUUUGGAGAGAGCCUUCUACUCUGUAACUGACCAGCUGUUCCAGUCAUUCUGAUCUACCACUUUUCAGAAUAGAAAUUUACAAUACAUUUAAAAAUACUGUUAGUACCACAAGCUCUGUGGGUCACUUGGUGUUUAUGAAUGGUAUAUUGAAUCCACUAGUGUAGAGCCAACUGUGGGCUUGAGUGAUUCUGAUUCAGAGCUCCCCCUCCUGCUCGCUUGGGCAGAAGACUCAGACUCAGAGUUGUCUCUGCCACAUUUUGUUCUCCACUUUCUCCUCUGCUCCCCUGCCUUCUGUUGGCAAGGGCAGUUUUAAUCUUGAUUUCAGCAGUGUGUUAUUUCCUCUGCUGGAAUAGGAAAGAGCCCAGUUUUUUCCUCAGAUGAAUACUCUCUGAACCUCUGUACAGACAGCACCACGGUUCUGGCCCCAACCUUCUGAACACGCAGGUCCUCUAAUCACUGAUAGGAAUCGGGCUUCCUAUGCUCCCCCUUAGACACCAGUGUUUGGGGUGAUACUUACAGCUUGAUAGUUGGAUUUUAUUUCUGGGUUUUACUGGCUUUUUGGAAAACUGUCUUCCUCAUGAUUCGGUAAGUGGCUUGGUAGCCACUUGGUUUGGUGAUAUUUUGAAAAUGACAGUCAUUUACCUUCAUCUUGUGAACACGUGUUUUCUACUUUGACACUGAAAAUUAAGGAAUUGCUUAACUGUCAGCACAGACUGAUUCUGGAUUGUCAGUGAGGAUGCUUAAUCUUAAAUAAAAAUAGUUUAAAAUUCAUCCUACAAUUGAAA